GCAAGAUCUGGCUAUACAUCAACCCUGGAGAAGAUGAAAGAGACAGAGUUGCCUGCAUGAUGUGCCCAGAGAGGCUAGUGCCAGUGAAGCCACCGCUGGAGUUCUCAGUGGAUUGAUUUGACUUCUGCCUUUUUGGCUCUUCCAAGUGCCUUGUCUUUAGGUUUUGCAAUGAACAGAUUUGACUGGUUUGCCCCCGCCAUGCUGCCAUCUGCCUCCAGGUGUGUGCAAGACCUUCUGCUAACCUUUGCAUUCUCUUUGGUCUCUGCUUGGGCAGAUGACCGUCCAGUGUCUCCGCACCAUGACUAUUGCAUCAUUGGGGCUGGCCCCUCAGGAUUGCAGAUGGCCUAUUUUCUCCAACGUGCAGGCCGGGACUAUGUGGUCUUUGAACGUAGCCACAUACCAGGACAUUUCUUUGCCUUGUAUCCCCGCCAUCGCAAGCUUAUCAGCAUCAACAAGCGCUACACAGGCAAAGCCAACCGUGAGUUCAACCUUCGCCACGACUGGAACUCACUACUCAGCCAUGACAGUAGGCUUCUUUUCCGACAUUACUCCCCUGACUACUUCCCUAACGCCGAUGCCAUGGUGCGCUACCUGAGAGACUUUGCUUCCUUGCAAGACCUCCAGGUGCGCUACAACACAUCCAUUACUCAUGUGAUGCUGGAGAAGGACACCAAGGCAUGGAACGGACACUACUUUUUCCUUACUGAUCAGAACGCUCAGCUCUAUAAAUGCAGUGUUCUUUUGGUGGCCACGGGGACAUGGAUUCCUCACAAAGUUAACUUUCCUGGUUCAGAAUAUGUCGAGGGCUAUGAGUCAGUGUCUAUUGACCCAGAGGACUUCGCUGGCCAAUCAGUAUUGAUCCUGGGCCGAGGCAACUCUGCCUUUGAAACAGCUGAGAACAUUUUGGGAGUCACCAAUUUCAUACACAUGGUGAGCCGCUCUCGAGUUCGCCUUUCUUGGGCUACCCACUACGUUGGAGAUCUGAGAGCAAUUAACAAUGGCCUCUUGGACACAUAUCAGCUGAAAUCUCUGGAUGGCCUACUGGAAGGUGACUUGGAAGACCUGGUUCUUGUCAAGGAUAAAAAAGGGAAGCUGCACAUUACCCUUCGCUUUUACCUGGAGAACCACAACAGCAGUGAAGAGUCCGUUACCCUCCCUCAGGACGAGCUGGACAACUUUGCCACUCGGGCACCCUAUGACCGUGCCAUUCGCUGCCUGGGUUGGCAGUUUGACUUCUCCAUAUUUAACAAAUCUGUUGGGCUGAUGCAUGGCAAAGGCAGUAAGAAAAAAUAUCCUUUGAUCAAGCCCAGCUAUGAAGCCAAAGCAACUCGAGGCCUGUUCGUACUGGGCACUGCAAGCCACUCAGUUGACUUCCGCAAAUCUGCUGGAGGCUUUAUUCACGGGUUCCGAUACACAGCUCGUGUCGUCCAUCGUUUAUUAGAAGUCCGCCACCAUGGUGUCCCAUGGCCGUCCUCCACCUACCCCAUUAUUCAGCUAACCAACUCCAUUGUCAAGCGAGUGAAUGAGGCAUCCGGGCUGUACCAAAUGUUCACGGUUCUGGCAGACAUCAUUCUGCUGAAAGAGAAUGCCACUGAAUUUGAGUAUCUGGAAGAAUUUCCGGUCGGAGUCCUGCAAGACCUCGAAUGGCGCACAGGAAGGAAAGUUCAGAAUGGGCUUUUUGUCAUCGUGAUGGAGUAUGGGAGGAACUUUUCUGGCCCCGACAAGGAUGUCUUCUAUUAUAAUCGGGCAGUGGGUGAAGCACAGCAUGCCUGGCAGUCUAAUUUCUUGCACCCUGUCAUUUAUUACUACAAACGACUCCCCACUGAGCGUGAAGUGAGGCUUUGUCCGCCAGACUGGCCCUUGCCCCGCCCAGAUGCCAUCCAUCACAUUGUGGAGGACUUCCUGACCGACUGGACUGCUCAGAAUGCCCACAUCCUCCCUCUGAGACGCUUCUUGGAGAACUGCCUGGGAAUCGACCUGCGCAGGUUCUAUGCAGAGUCCUGUUUCCUCUUUGCACUGACUCGCCAGAAGUUGCCAGUCUUCUGUCAGCAGGGAUACAUGAGAAGACAAGGGCUGAUGGGUAACAAGAGACUUAGACAGCAUGCCGUAGAAGCCGGAUUGCUGGAGGACUAUGCUGCUGUGGACUUUCUAAAAGAGCCAGAAGAGGGCAAUGCACUGUUGCAUGACCACCUGUUGGAAGAUCGCAUGAUGCCAAACCAUCACCUGCAGCAGCAUCUUAUGAGCACCAAGGAUGAACUUUAGCACUCCUUGGUCAAAAUCCACAAGGAACUGUGGUCUUGGUACUGUGACAAAGAUCUGCAGAGGAGCUCCAAGUUCCAUCGUGCACAGAUGCGUCCCUACCUACUCCUUCAUGGGGACCGUGACUUGCCAAAGGUUUGCGUGGGUCUUGCGUGGGAAUUAACAAAAGCAGUCAGUGGGUAAUGCCGAGGCACUCCUUUGCUCCCAUUCACCGCCUGCUGAUGGUGUUGCAUUUCUGUUAUAUGAGCCAAUCUCUGGUGUAUUACACAAGGGAGGAAAAAGUGAUACCCAAAUGACUUUCCCGGGAGUAUUAUUCUUGAUCGCAUGUUUUGUGGUUAUCUGCAAGGGAUGUGUCGUUUAUGGAUGCUGUCUGUAUUGUGUUCUUGCAUAUACUUGCAAAGUGGUAUGUGCAUGAAUGUAUAAGCAACGUGGUGGAAGUGGCUGGGCGAGAGGCGAAAGUGCUGGGAACUUCCCAAGCUGGGAAAUAUGAGCCGCUGCCUCCGUGAGGGACCAGUGUCUCUCAAGGCACUGUAAGC